UUUUAUGACAUCAUUGAAACCAGUGGACUGGGGAUGAUGCUGUCCUUGGAUGGUUUUGCCUGACACGUGUCCUAUAAAUGUACAUUAGUGUGAAGGCUAUCAGCUGCAAAGGUCAACACAGCAUAUCAUACACUCUGUCAAGGAAUCAGACUGUGGUGGUGGAGUACACACAUGAUAAAGAUACGGACAUGUUUCAGGUGGGCAGGUCCACAGAAAGCCCUAUCGACUUCGUUGUUACAGACACAAUUUCGGGCAGUCAGAACAACGACGAGGCCCAGAUCACACAAAGCACCAUAUCCAGGUUUGCCUGCAGGAUUGUCUGUGACAGGAGUGAACCUUACACAGCACGGAUAUUCGCAGCCGGAUUCGACUCUUCCAAAAACAUAUUUCUUGGAGAAAAGGCAGCAAAAUGGAAAAACCCUGACGGCCACAUGGACGGGCUCACCACAAACGGCGUCCUGGUGAUGCAUCCACGCGGGGGCUUCACCGAGGAGUCCCAGCCUGGGGUCUGGCGCGAGAUCUCGGUGUGUGGAGAUGUGUACACCUUGCGAGAAACCAGGUCGGCCCAGCAGAGGGGAAAGCUGGUGGAAAGUGAGACCAACGUCCUGCAGGACGGCUCCCUCAUUGACCUGUGCGGGGCCACCCUUCUCUGGAGAACAGCAGAUGGCCUUUUCCACACCCCAACGCAGAAACACAUCGAGGCGCUCCGGCAGGAGAUCAAUGCCGCCCGGCCGCAGUGUCCCGUGGGGCUCAACACCUUGGCCUUCCCCAGCAUCAACAGGAAGGAGGUGGUGGAGGAGAAGCAGCCCUGGGCGUACCUCAGCUGCGGCCACGUGCACGGGUACCACAACUGGGGCCACCGGAGCGACACCGAGGCCAACGAGAGAGAGUGUCCCAUGUGCAGGACUGUGGGCCCCUACGUGCCUCUCUGGCUCGGCUGCGAGGCAGGGUUUUAUGUAGACGCAGGACCACCCACUCAUGCUUUCACGCCUUGCGGACACGUGUGCUCCGAGAAGUCUGCAAAAUACUGGUCUCAGAUUCCACUGCCUCAUGGAACUCACGCAUUUCACGCCGCCUGCCCGUUCUGUGCGACGCAGCUGGUUGGGGAACAGAACUGCAUCAAAUUAAUUUUCCAAGGUCCAGUUGACUGAUGCCCUUGACAGCCAUCUACGGCUUUAUUAACAAGUUACUGUGAAGAUUUUGCCACUAA